AUGCGAGAGUGCACGGUUGACAACUCUCGCCUUAAUUGCAUGUUUUUCCCCAAAGAUAAUUCUGCCGUAAGUGGAAUCCUGCCCACGAGUGCAAUGGCAGAGGCUCGGGCGAUUGCGUCUACAGGUUCGACCAGUACUGCGCAUGAUAAUGCAGGUAGUUCAGUAGCCAACACCGCUAUCCUACCAGUGAACGUUGAUUCUGGUGCUCUCGGUCCUUCAGAGACGAACGACGACAGAAAUGCCACUCACGUCACGAUUCAACUUUCGGACGGCAUGCAGGGAUCCUCCCUUACCCAACAGAAAUUACAAGAUUUAAUAAUGCAGCUCUCCCAGUCGGGUCAGAUACAGUUACGAGAAGACAGCAAGAUCGUGAUAGAUCCUUCUGGAUCUACUGUUGCUGCAACCCGGCAUCAGUUAUCAGCACAACAACCUACGUAUAUCCUCGUUCCCGCUGGUCAACUAACUAACAGUCAGGAGGCUCAACUGUACUCCGGAUCUGGUCAGCUUCGUGCGGUUUCUGCCGGUGGCACUGUACUGCGUGCAGUUGGUGGUCCUGUCGCUUCCAGUGGCUUUAACAACCAAGAUCGGAGUUUCAUCCUUGUUCAGCAGCCGCUCUCUGGCACUGGCGCUACCACUUCUGCCACCAAUUCCGUCGUAGUCGGCAACACUGGAGGUGCGACUAUCGUCCCUUUGCGCCAAGUAUCUGGAGUCAGUGGUGGUGGUAGUGGUGUUGGUCGCGUGGCGGCCAACACAACAUGGGUUAGUGCGGGCCCAACGCGGUUUGUUGGACACAGUGGAGCGACUGAUCUUUACGUGAACAACAACGCAUCAGUUGGUGUCGGAUCCCGUUCGGGCCCUGGAGGCUACCUUACUCUUACUCCUAGUGGUGCCACAGCUGGUGGAAAUGUGCGUGAAUCAACUUGGCAACAAUACGUGAAGCAGUUCACAAAGUUGGGCCCUUGCCCCAUUUGUGGGGACAAGAUUUCCGGUUAUCACUACGGCAUAUUUUGCUGUGAGUCUUGCAAAGGGUUCUUCAAACGCACCGUUCAGAACGCCAAGCGAUAUGCUUGCCACCACCCAAGUGCCAAUUCUGUCUGUGAAAUCAACGUUUCCUCGCGCAAGAAAUGUCCGGCUUGUCGGUUCCUUAAAUGCGUGGAUAAGGGAAUGCGUAUUGAAGCCACGGACAAUGUGGAAGAAAUCCAACAGUGGUCUACCUAUGGACUAUCUUUAAAUAUGUCAGACCGUACUCGUGGUGGUCGAAGCAUGUACCCUGGCUCACGUUACCUUCGUCAAAUGGCCGCUCGUGUCAGUACGGGACGUGUUACGGAUCCGAACUCCACUGAUCCGAGUUCUGUACUGGUCGUUCGUGAUGGUAAGCUAGAUCCGGAGCAGUUAUCUUGCGCACUGGCAGGAUUACAACAUCCUCUGGGUCCCGAUGGAUUGCCUUCCUCUGUGGAUGCCGGCGGGGGUGUUUAUCUUGAUCCAGCGGUUCUGGGAACACAUGGCGAAGAUGAUGAUGAUGCGGAACACAGCACAAUACAAUUGGAUCAUUCUAUGCUUGAGUACCCGGGGUCUCUGAAUCUCAAUGUUUCUUCGUGUGGAACACCGUUUGUAGGCAGACAAGUAAUUGUUUCAGGGAACGCGGACGCUGCUGGACGAGCGAGAAUUGAAUUGCCGAAAAUUAUCAGCGAAAUCCUGGCGGUUGAGGAGUCCAUAGAGGCAGAACCAGAAGAUUCUUUGGAAAUUGAUUCCUCGAGUACACCUCCUGAAGCAACUGUUCCCGAAGGUGUAACUGAAGAUGAAGCAGCGGUUUACCGAGCUCUCCUGAAUCUGGCUGAUCAGCGUCUUUAUCGAACUGUUCGUUGGUCGAGGGCCCUGCCAGACUUUGCUCAACUCGACACAGAUGAUCAAAUAUUACUACUUCAGAACUGUUGGGCGGAUCUGUUGUGCUUGGACUGCUGCUGGCGCUCUCUCCCAACACCAACUGCAGAUCCUCAUGUAUCUGUUGCCUGUUUCAACCGUAUGUGUCCCCUAGAUUUGAAAAAUCUCAAAGCUGCGGAACAUGUUCGGGAAUACCAGGAAUCUGUUCGACGAAUGUUAAUGGAUUACAUUGUCAAUUCAUCAGGCAAGCGAGACAAGUUUGGCCGUCUGAUGUCUCGAAUCCCAGAACUUCAACUGACCAGUCAUACGGCACGCAUGAUGUUGGUAGAUCUUGACCUGAGUGCCUAUCUUUCCAAUAACUCUCUGCUGAUGGAACUUCUGCGUAGCGACAUUCAACGUUUUGCACCCACGAAAAAACCCGAAACCUCGGAGUUGGAAGGCUCUUCGAGUAUGGAUACAACUGACGCAAAGUGUUCUACCAUACCCACAACCCCUGUCUCUGUUUCAGCAGACUCUGCCGUUAGCUGUCAACUUCCUGGAAAUGGGACCUCCACGGACAAGAAUGGAAUGGAAGGAUUUGAUCCCACAAGUUUAGAGUCUAGAGAUAUGGGUUGUUUGCAAGCAUCGACUGCGUUCGGUGAUGGGGAUUCGGUCACCGAAGUGUCUGACGUCAUGCAUGGAAAUGCGCAAUCUCAAUCAGCCUAG